GUGCACUUCGGGGUGGGGAGAGUACUUGAGGUAACACGAGUAGCUCGAACGCAACCAUGGAGUCGAGGUUGAGCCGCGCCAGCUCGGAGUGAGCGCGUCCCACCAGAAAACUAGAAAGUCAGUACCAAAGAUCGUAUUUUCGGUGAAAGUAGGCCCUAUGGUGCGUUUGCAGCGUGAGGUCAGUUUUUGUUUAAUCAAAGGAGUGCUUCUUUUGAGAAGGUUUGCUGGUCAUUUGUUGAAAUUUCUCAGUGAAUGAAGGAACGCGCACGCAGCCCAUGGAGUCGAGGUUGGGUCCUGGAUAUUAUUAAAGUUGUGGCCCGGGGGUGAUGAUGCUUGUGGGAACUGUUAUCAACCAUGUCAAUGUAGGCGCAGGCCUACGUCCGUUUUCCUACCUUUGCAAGGGAUUUGCUUCAAAGUACUACUUCAGCGUAGGACAUUCGCUGAGGCAUAAAUCAUCUCAGCUUCUCAAACCGUCUGGCCUCGUUGUUUCCACGGCAACGUCCCGCAUCCGAUCCAACCACUCCAUCACCAUUGACGUCCAGCAGCUAGCCAUGAACGUGAAGGUUCUCUCAGCCCUGGAGGACAACUAUAUGUACCUCGUCAUCGACGAGAAGACUAAGGAAGCAGCAAUCGUUGAUCCUGUCGACCCAGAGAAAGUGGUUAGUGCGGUGAAGGAGGAAGGCGUGAAACUGAAGACAGUGCUCACUACUCACCACCACUGGGACCAUGCUGGGGGUAACAAGGACCUAGUGAAGCUGGUCAGUGGUCUGACAGUGUGUGGGGGAGAUGACCGGAUCGGAGCUCUCAACAAGAAGGUCAAACACGAUGACAAGUUGACGAUUGGUUCGCUCAAUGUACGUUGUAUGUUCACGCCAUGUCACACCACAGGUCACAUUUGCUAUUAUGUGACCGGUCCUGAUGGAAGCGAUCCAACUGUGUUCACAGGAGAUACCCUCUUCAUAGCGGCCUGUGGCAAGUUCUUUGAGGGCACAGCUGACCAGAUGUACCGGGCACUCAUUGAGGAGCUCGGGAGUCUACCCCCUGAAACGAAAGUUUACUGUGGUCAUGAAUACACAGUGAGCAGUCUGAGGUAUGCACUGACUGUGGAACCGCGAAAUGUGGACCUGCAACACAAGAUGGAAUGGGCCAAGGCACAGAGAGCGAAGCAGGUGCCCACAGUUCCUUCCAGUAUUGGAGACGAAAAGAAAUUUAACCCAUUCAUGAGGGUUAGAGAGCCUACUAUUCAGAAGUACACCGGGACGUCUGAUCCAGUUGACACCAUGGCAAAGUUACGGGAAGACAAGAACACUUUCAAACCAAAAAUGUGAAGACAUGUCUUCCUUGCCGUACAUUUGUCUACAACAGUCAGUGUAAGAAAAAAACACCUUUGAUUAGAAGCUGCAAGUUGAGAAGUUCUCUAUUGUAGAGAUUACCUGUCCUAAGCUAACAAAUGGCAAAUGUGGCUUUUAGCAUUGUUUUGCAAACUUGCAUGAAAUUGUGGAAUACAAAAACCCUAACGUUUUGAACAUGAAAUCAUAAGCCUGCUUUUUUCUUGGAGCUUUCUCCAUUGCUAUUUUGAAGGUAGAAAUGUGUAAAAUGUAUUUGGACGUCAUUCAAUUUGGAGGUAUGUAUUUCUUGAAGAGGUAAGAGUUCUUGAGGGAAAUAUAAAAAUUUAAAAAUACUCAAUAUCAGAUAGGCAAAAAGUGUAACCACAAUCUGUGUGAGAUGUAAAGUUAUUUCUGCAAUAUUUUAUUUUUCAGAAAGACAUUGUAAUUUACAAAUUAUAUACGUAUAGUGAAAACGGAUUUUUAAUUACUGUCAAGUAGCAGUAACAAAAGUUGAAAUCCUUCAUAAUUUGAGCAUAAUUGAAUAUACAAUGUACAUUGUUGUAAAGGCAAAACCUCACCAUGAAUCAAUCUAA